AUGUCAUUGCUUUCUUCAAUUCACACAAAAAGCAGGCCCAGUUGCACCUUAAGAGCGAAUCCGGCUUGGGAACCUGUUGAAUCAUUCAGAAUCAUCCUGUCAAAGAAAAAAAAUGAACAACUUGACGACUCCGCACAAAAAAGAUUGCCUUUAGACAUAUUUUCCUCCGCAACUUUUUGGCAUAGCGCAGCUGCGAGGAGUGUUGGCCCCUUGUGCUGCGGCGGAAUCUGCCACCGAGCUCCUGUCGACAAUGUGAGCAUCAUUCCGCUGAAAAACGUCUUGGGCUUCAGUGUUGAGGAGAGGUUUUCCAUGCAGCGAGCAAUGAUCGUGAAACUCAUGGCCAAGGCUUGUUGCAGACCCAUGUCCGAGAGUUUCCUAUGCGUCAAAGUCUUGAGCAAUGCCGCGCUGGGCAAGGUCUACUUGGAUUCUCUCUCCGUGCGGCAGCGGGUCUUGCCUUUAUUUGCUGAUCCUCCCUGUAACUUCGAAGAGGACAAGGUGUUGGAGCUCCGACGGUGGCUGGGGAAUGUGGCCUUGUUUUUUAGUGGAGCCUCUGAGAAGGUCUCCCAGCGACCAGUUCUUGAGCUGUGGCGCUGCGAGCGAGGCUUAGCACCUGAAUAA